CCAGGCGUCACCAUUCCUGUCUGCAGGAGUGAGCGAGUCUUUCUGCUAGUCCCCAUCAAGAGGGGAACAUAACAAACAGCCCACCCUCACGGGGAUAUUUGUGCAAUGGGGGGCGUUUUAUGAGCGCCGACAACCACAAAUGCGUGCUUUUGCAUACGAGGGCUACGUGCCUACCGUAGCGGAGCUGGACGCGCACAGGCCGAAAGAGCGAAGCUUGUUGCCGUCCCGCCGCCGCUGACUUCCCCCGGCAGCCGCAGCCAACAUGGCCGAGGACGACAGCGAGUGGGUGGUGGAGAGCAUCGUGGGCUACCUGGGGAGUCCGGAGUGGGUUAUUCCAAUCACGGACUUUAUGGAGCACAAAUGUACAGUGUUUGACGAUGAAGACGAAAAUAAGUUGUCAUACACGGAAAUCCACCUGCAGUAUAAAAAGUUGGUGGAGAAGCUGCUCGAGAAUUACAUGCAGGAGGUCGGCAUCAACGAGCAGCAAUUUUUAGAUGCGUGCUCUUCUCCUUUUGCCAAGUCCAAAACUGUACAAUCGGUGUUCCAGCCAGUCCUGGCCACAGAUGACUUCCAGAUGUUUCGCUCACUGAUGGUGCAGAAGAACAUGGAGCUGCAGCUUCAAGCACUCCGUGUGAUCAAAGAGAGGAAUGGGGCUCUUCCUGAGUGUCUGACUGACGGCGUGGACGACCUGACAGAACUGCAGCAGCAAGAGAUGAAGAUUCUGCAGGAGGUCCUAAAAAAGUCCAAAGAGGAAUACGAUGAGGAAAUGUCGUGGAGGUUGCUCCUGGAGGAGGAGCACGGCUCUACAUCCAGCAGCAGCUGUGACAACAAGGCCCAGUGUGGCAGUGGUCAACCCCCCGAAAGCCAAGAGAGCAGCUCUGCCAAGGCCAAAGCUGACGGUCACCAUGGUAACCUGGUGAAUGGAAACACGGCAGCUAAGCUGGCCAACGGCAAAACUCCCAGAAACACGGAGACGAAAAUGGCUGCCGCAGGUAAUGGCAAGUGUGAGGACAAGCGCAUCUCCUCCUCGUGCUCCUCCAUGCGCACCUCCGGUGUGCGUACAGUCGACGGCGUUCUUCCACCUGUGAGAGCUCCUGUCAGCUGCGUGCGUGACGGCAAGGAGCAGAGCAGCGGCCACUCGGCAGGAGAGUGUUGGCUGGAGGAAGCACACCGAGAGGCGGGCUUCUCUCAGCCCUACACCGAGUUGUCGGCGUCGCAGCAGCUUCAGCUCCAGCAGAGGGCGACGUACUUACGUCAGCAGCGAGACAAACUGCACGCGCUCAAGAAGGAGCAGCAGAACAAAAGCAAGCAGGCUGGCACACCCGAGGCGGCGCCCAGCACACCUUCCACGCCGGCACCUCCUCAGGCAUCUGAGAUUUCUGCAGAGGAGCGAAAGAAGCUUCAGAAGAGAAAGCAUUUGGCUGACAAGCUGAAAGAAGAAGUCAUCAAGAAAUGAGAACAUGUGAUGCAGUCUUCGUGUUCCAAAAUGCACCUUUUUUUUUUGUUUGGAGUCAGGGUCUGUGCUGCGUGUCUUCCACAUGUUCCCUGGUGACAAACACUUGCUUGGCCGGGCAGAGGAUGUCAAAGGAGCAUUGAAGUGGACCUUUAGAGACUUCAGAACCUGCCCAGGUGCCAGAGACUUGCUGUACAUUUAUGUUGUGUAGAGAUGUCAAAACUAAAGAAGCAAUUUGCAUGAAAAAAUACCCACAAUGCAUCGUUUAGGACUCUGCAAAUAGGAAUAAGGUCUAGUUGCAGGUGAUGACAACGGAAGUGAGCUGUGUCCACAGUGGCGCUGUCAAGGCCAGAGUGGACAUUUGAUUUUGUCACGUGAUCCAAGAUGGCUAAUGAAAUGCAACAUGGUUGUUGAAUGUAUUGCUUUUUCCCUGCUCAUAUGCAACCAGAACGCUAACUUAUUCUCAGCAGUCUUAUUUCUGAUGUCCGUGUUACGUAUUGUCUCUGCAGCUUCAUUUCCGUUGUCGUCACGUACUUAAGGGGGCGUGGCUUAGAGCGUCGGCAGCCACAGCUCAAUGUACUUUGUAAAUAGAGCCAGUUUACAUGCACUGUCAAUGACACACCACUAGAUGGCAGCAUCGAGCAAACUAUCUUAUUUUGUAGUUAAAGUGGAACUCAUGAUGCAAUGUUGAAUAAAUGCCCUGUUUGUUUUUAAAUGUA